CUCUUGGAUCAACAUUGUCUAGUACAUUCACCGGCAAACAAACAUCAUGAAAACCAUCAUUGUCCUGUCUCUGUUCGCGGUCGCGCUCGCCGCACCCCAAGGCCAGGAAAUCCCGAUCCUGAGACAGGACAGCAACAUCAACCCCGACGGCUCCUUCCAGUACUCCUUCGAGACCGGUAACAACAUCAUCACUGACGCCAACGGCCAAUUGAAGAACAUCGGCGCCGAGGAGCCGGCUCUUGAAAUCCAGGGCCAGGUGAAAUACCAGAGCGACGAUGGCACCCCCAUUGAGUUGACAUACAUCGCCAACGAGAACGGAUACCAGCCCCAGGGCGCCCACCUCCCCACCCCACCCCCCAUCCCGGCGGACAUCCAACGCGCCCUCGCCUACCUCGCCACCGCGCCUCCCCAGACCCAGUAAAUGACUUCUGAGAAGUCCAU